AUGACGCUUCCACGCAAGAGUGGAUUAUCAUUGCUGAAGAAGAAUACAAUGAUAAUCCACUCUUUCGUGGAAGCGUCAUCUCUUGCGGCUGUACUCAAUGAUGGAGAUAUUUCCAGGGUCCAACUUUUGCUGUGCGGAAUUACUAUAAUGCAAGGCGACGAAUCACAAGGACACCUCUUGUCUGCUAAUUACCAGGUCAUCGUGAACCCAACCCGCGGUCGCGAGCUCGGUUGGGAUGCUGACUAA